AUGGUGUGCAGAGAUAACCUCCCACUGUCCACAUCAGAACACGAGGGUUUCAAAAGAUUUGUCAAGAAAGCUGUGCCUCAAUAUAAGCUUCCAUGUCGUACAACUUUAACGAGGAUGAUCGAUACGAAAUACGAAUUUUUCAAGAAGAUCUCGAUGGCAGAAUUUGCAACUCUGAAGAGUGUCACACUCACGUGCGAUAUCUGGACUGAGGAUCAAACGAAACAAAGUUAUUUAGGUAUCACAGUACAUUACUUGCCUGAUUCAGGGAGUGAUGAUGAGAUUUGCUCGGCAAACAUUGGUGUUGUACCUCUGUCGGAAUCUCACACAUCCGCUUAUAUUGCUAAGGUGAUAUGUGAAUCUCUGAGCGAUUGGAAUAUAUCAACCGAUAGUAUCUCACUGAUGGUUACCGACAACGGCGCUAAUAUGGUCGCAGCAGCUAGAGAAGUUUUUGGGAGUUCUCGUCAUAUCGGAUGUAUUGGACAUACUUUGAAUUUAAUCGUCACUCAAGCUGUCGCAGCUAGUCCAGCACUCGAGACCGUGAUACAAAAAGUAAAGUCCAUUGUCACGUUUUUCAAGAAUAGUGUUACGGCAUCGGAUAACUCGAAAAAAAUGCAGCUGGUAAACGGCAAAACCGAAGGAACUCUACUCAAAUUGAUUCAAGAUGUGGAAACGAGAUGGAACUCGAAAUAUCAGAUGAUGGAACGAUUUGUAGCGUUGGCGGAUUUGAUCAGUGCAGUUCUGCUGAAACUAGGGAAUACUGGACGAGAUAUGCUCACAGGUUCUGAACUCGCAAUUAUAAAGGAAGCAAUAAAAUUAUUGAAACCCAUAUUUCGCGCAACUGAGGAGUUAUCAGCGGAAAAAUAUACUUCUACGAGCAAAGUGAUCCCUAUUUGUUAUAUAAUGAGACAAGUGAGAUUGGCAACCUUUCAAACAUCCUUUGAGUAUAUCCGCGAUAGAACCACUCAACAAUUUGAUUGGCCUGCUAAAACGAAACUUGCUGCUUGGGAUGGACAAACGCUUCGCAAUGUGGAAAGAGUACACGUUUACUCGAUUUCAACGCUCUUAGACCCUCGAUUCAAACGACUGCACUUCAGUAGCGCCCUGACUCAAUCUGAAGCAAUUCAACAUGUGAGUAACAUGAUGAAAGCUAAUCUUCGCACAUCAGAGCCGGAAGCACGGGUUUCGGUUCAGAAGAAUCUAUCGGCCCAAAUUGAUCCGGAUGAUUUUUGGAGUAUCCAUGAUUCCAUCAUAGCUGCAACUCCGUCGGUUCCUGGUCACGAUGCUCCUGGUGGAAUUCCGAUCGAAUUGCGCCAGUUUUUAAAUACUCCUACCGUGCUACGGACGACCAAUCCUAUCACUGAAUGUCGGAGAUUGAAGGUUGAAUAUCCUUGUUUGUCUCAAAUAGCUUUCAAAUAUCUUUCGAUGGUAGCAACUUCAGUCCCUGCUGAGCGGCUAUUUUUCAAGGCUGGCAGCAUUGUCACGAAGCAACGAAAUAGAUUACUUGGAAAACGAAUUUCGAAACUAUUGUUUCUCGGAUCGCUGAGUGAAGAUAGAUGGUUUAAGUGA